AUGGAUCUACUGGUCUCUUUGCGUUUCAGAAUGGAUAAAUCCUGGAUGAGUACUGAUAGAACGAAGAAACGUUAUAGAGAAGGAGUUGCGGCGUUUCUGCGGUAUGCUGUCAACCAUCUCAAGGAGGAGGGUGAGACAUAUGAUGAAUUUCUUAUGUUGUGUCCGUGUACAAAUUGUUUAAAUCUCUGUGCAUGCUCCGUUGGCGACGUAGAAGAUCAUUUAUUCGUAAAUGGAAUCGAUCAAACGUAUACUAUUUGGAAUAAGCAUGGGGAAAAGGAUGAGGCAAUAACUAGUAGUAAGCCAGUUAACGUCAACAAUGGUAUGCACGCUGAAUUUGAUUUGGGAACUCCCACUGAUGCUCCAGACGAAGAUUUUGGAAUGGGAACUCCCACUGAUGCUCCAGACACUAUAGAUAUGAUGCAGGCUGCAGAAGAGUUCGCAGAUGACCCUAUAAAGUUUAAAAAGUUACUUGAAAAUGCUGAAAAUCCCUUAUACGAAGGAUGUCCCAACUUCACAAAGUUGUCUGCAAUUGUGCAAUUGUUUAAGUUGAAGAGUAAGCACGGUGCAUCAGACAUGUUUUUUAAUGAAUUGUUACCCUUGUUAAAGGACAUGCUUCCCAAAGAAGGUAAUUUAAUGGCGAGGAGUACAUAUCAGGCAAAAAAAAUAUUGAAAUCAAUGGGUUCAGGGUACACAAAGAUACAUGCAUGUAUCAACAACUGCAUUCUUUAUUGGAAUGAGUACAAGGAUGAAAAAGUGUGUCCUACUUGUAAAGCACCCAGAUGGAAAGUUGACAGGGAUGGUAAAGUUUACGAGAAUGUUCCAGCAAAGGUAUUGUGGUACUUCGACAUCAUCCCAAGAUUUCAGCGGCUGUUUCAAUCGAAGCACACAGCAAAAGAUUUGAUAUGGCACGAUACCACUAGAAACAAAGACGGUGUUUUACGUCAUCCGGCAGACUCACAUGCUUGGAGAGAGAUAGAUAACAAUUUCCCAGAAAUUAAAGGUGAUCCAAGAAAUUUGCGGUUAGCUGUUUCGGCUGAUGGAGUUGAUGUAAACACAGAUGGUGCGCCAGGAAACAACAUCGAUGUCUUUUUAGAACCUCUUGUUAAAGAUUUUCAAUUCUUAUUUGAGAAGGGAAAGAGAACAUGGGAUGCAUAUGCCCAAGAAAUGUUUACUCUACGUGCAGUUGUUUUGUGGACGAUAAACGAUUAUCCUGCUCUUGGUACACUAUGUGGUUGUCGCUACGCUGGAUAUCAUGGUUGUGUGGUGUGUCGUAAAAAAACGCACAGUAUUAGGCUUCAUGACUCAAACAAGAAUGUUUAUGUUGGUUAUAGAAGAUUUUUACCCUAUGAGCAUCCGUUCAGAAGGCAGAAGGGGGCAUUUGGCGGAAAACAAGAGUGGGAGACUGCUCCAGAACCAAUGACCGGGGAAGAAAUAUAUGAGGAGGUAAAAUGUAUAAAGAAUUCAUGGGGAAAGAAGGGGACGAAUACUCAAGGGGAAGACGUGCAGGCUACACCUGGAAAAGGUGGAAAUAUGAAGCGCAUCGGAAAAACGAAAAUUGAGCGCAUCAGAAAAAUAUCAAAAGAAGUCGAUAGGUCAGGUGAGGAAGAGGAAGGCAGGGAAACCACUUACUGGAGCAAGUACAACAUAUGGCAGCGACUACUUAGAUAUUGGCGCUAUAAUGAUGUCCAACAUUGUAUUGAUUUCAUGCAUGUCGAAAAGAAUGUGGGACAAAGUCUUGUUGGAACGUUGCUGCACAACGGGAAUACAAAAGAUGGAUUAAACGCCAGAAAGGAUUUGGUGCGUUUGGGGUUAAAAUCGGAGUUACACCCUAAGACAGAUGACAAAGGAACGAUACUUCCCGCAGCAUGUUAUACAUUAACUACGGAAGAAAAAGACAUAUUCUUAGAGACACUAUCCGAGUUAAGAGUUCCAGAAGGGUAUUGUUCGGAUUUUUCCACCCUUGUGAACCUAAAAGAGCGUAAGCUGAUCGGACUCAAAUCACAUGAUUACCAUAUGCUUAUGCAACAAUUUUUGCCCGUCGCUAUUCGAUCAAUUAUGCCUACACCUGUGAGAUAUGCUAUUAUCAGGGAAGUGAAGUUAUGCGGUCCGGUUUGCUUUCGAUGGAUGUAUCCUUUCGAAAGGUGUAUGAAGGUUAUAAAGGGGCAUGUGCGAAACAAGAAACAACCUUGUGGAUGCAUUGCCGAAGAGAAUGUUGCAGAAGAGACGAUUGAGAUAUAUUGUGAGUACCAUAAAAGCAUCAGGACAAUUGGUAUUCCACUAGAUAGGCAUAAUACAUCUCAGGAGGGAGAACCGUUAUCAGCUGAAGAGCCGUGUAUAGUUACCCCUGAACAGUUGAGACAAGCACAUUUCUAUGUAAUGCAGAACACGCCUGAAAUUGAGCCUUACAUAGACCGACACAAGCUAUAUUUGGAAACUAACUAUUCUACUAAAAAGCGAGCAUGGCUAGAGAAAGAGCACUCUAACACUUUUGGCGCUUGGUUAAAAAAUGAGGUUGAAAAAGAGUUGGCAGACGACAGAGAAAGUAUCUCAGAGAACUUAAGAUGGAUAUCACACGGCCCGCACUACGAGGUAACGAAAUACACUGUAUAUCGCAUCAAUGGAUAUCUAUUCCGCACAAGAUCCCGUGAUGGUAGAAUUCACCAGAAUAGUGGGGUUAGCGUUGCAGCAAAUGACAUGCACAUAUCUAGAGAUGAUGAUGUUACAUAUGGUAAAGCCUCUUAUUAUGGUGUCUUGCAAGAGAUAUGGGAGUUAGAUUACUGUGAAAGAAAAGUUCAUCUGUUCAAGUGCAAUUGGGUUGAUAAUAAACGUGGGGUCAAAAGAGAUGCUCUUGGCUACAAGAUUGUUGACCUUACUAUAGAUGACGAUGGCAACGAUGAGGAAUUCAGUACAGUAAUCUUUUCUGCGAAUGAUAAUAUCUUGCCGUCUGUAGAUCCACAAGACUUGGGUAAAGAAUCCCGAAAUGAUUACUUCCGAACUGACUGCCGAGGUUUACUUAUACGCAAGCCAAAAUGA